AUGACGAGGGACCACUUCGAUGAGCUGCUCGGGAAAGUUGGCCCUCUCAUCACGCGAGCCGACACAGGGAUGAGGUUGGCAAUCGGACCUGCUGAGCGGCUCGCUAUCUGCCUCCGUUAUCUGGCUACUGGUGACUCCUACAGGACCAUUGCUUUCAGUUACCGGGUUGGCCGGUCGACUGUGUCUGGCAUCAUCUGGGAGGUUGCCAGGGCCAUCUGGACUGCCCUGAUUGAGGAGACCAUGCCUGUACCAACCACGGAGGACUGGAGGGAAAUUGCAGCUGUGUUCCAGGAGCGCUGGCAGUUCCCAAAUUGCAUCGGGGCUAUCGACGGAAAGCAUGUGGUGCUGCAGUCUCCAGCGAAUUCGGGGUCUUUGUUCUUUAAUUACAAGUCCACCUACUCCCUGGUACUCCUGGCGGUUGUUGAUGCCAACUACCUGUUCCGUGUAGUCGACGUAGGAGGCUAUGGCAGGAGCAGUGACAGUGGCACUCUGCGCAACUCUGCUUUUGGUGAGGGCCUGCGAGAUGGCACACUUGGCAUUCCGGUAGAUGCCAUCAUCACUGGGGCAGAAGAGCGUGGCCCACUCCCAUUCGUGUUUGUCGGAGAUGAAGCCUUCCCCUUGACAACAAACCUGCUGCGUCCAUUUCCUGGUCGUCAAGUGCCACUGCAGAGGAGAGUUUAUAACUAUCGCCUCAGCCGGGCAAGGUUGGUGGUUGAAUGCGCUUUUGGCAUCCUCUCUGCUAGGUGGCGCAUGUAUCGCCGUGUCAUCGCCACCAGCCCUGAGGUAGCAGAGGCAUGUGUCAAGGCCACAUGUGUGUUGCACAACUUCCUCCGGAUCAAGAGUCUUGAGAAGGAGAGGAGAAGAGGCACACAGCGCGAGCCAGAAGAUCUUGAUGACCCCGACUCUGCUCCUCCUGUGGCAUCUGUGGACCUUGGGCCCCCGGAAUCUCUGCGCAACGCCCCAAGACUAGGCUCAAACAACGCCAGCCGUAGAGCCAUCGAGUUGCGCGAGACGUUCUGCUCCUACUUCAAUGAGGAGGGGACCGUCUACUGGCAGCCAACAGCCUAAUGGGCUAACCAAAGGCUCUUCUAAGAGCCACUAAACACAACAGCUCUUUUAAGAGCUACCUAUAUUGUCUUUAAAAGCAAAGAUUUCAAAAGCAUAUAAUGUUAAUUUCAUAUAAAAAGACUACUCCAAAUGUGUUAUUUAAGCAAUGUGAUCUUAUUAUGUAAUGUUUACCAUUUUUCUCAAUCUCUUAUAGGUGUGCCACUGAGUCGGACUGCAGUGCACUUUUGGUAUCGAAGAAACAAGAGGGAGGACCCUGAUAUGCACUUCACACAUUUCACCCCUGACCCAUCCUAGACACAAUACCACUCACACACACCCCUUCCUUUUUGGACAUGAUUCUUAUAUAUU